CAUCACAUGGAUUACUCUUUAAAUUGGUUGAUAUUAAAGACCGUUGUGACAUUUUUCGAUCCAACGGUCCAAUUGAUCACAUACAGGUUUAAAAAAACUAACUUCCCUUUUCUUUCUUCCUUUCAUCAGUUUCUGCGCUCUCUCUCUGUCUUCUUCCCCUUUCUUUGUUCUUAGCAUCUCCCACCAACGAAUACGUGUUUAUAAACAUUAUGCAGAGACUGAUUCAAGACCGAAACAACCACCUCCCUUAUGAUGGAACUCUGGCCUGUGGAAAGAUUAGUGUCUCAAAUGCACAAAAGAAGAAUAAAGACAUAUCAAAAUCCAAGAAAUCUGUAAGGAAAAUCUUGGGUGAUCUUACAAACUCGAAGAACCCACAUUCACAAGUUUCUUCUUUCAAACAAGGCAAGAAAGUUGUUGUUCCAAAAGUUUCUGAAAAAUUGCAAACAGGGGGUAGAAAAGCUCUCACAGAUAUCUCAAAUUCAGUGAAGAUAGAUGAAUCUUGUAACUCUUUUGAUGAACAUGAUGAAGGCUUUAUGCAUAAUCAUGAAGAAUGCAUAAAAGCAAAGAAGAGAGAAGAAGUCAUGGAUUUGGAUUGUUUUUGGAAAACAAUUGGAAGGAGUGAUAUUAAGUUGGCUCCACCCCUGUCUCAUUUCUCAAAUUCAUUCAAGUUGGAUGAUCGAGAUACCUGGCUGGAGGAAUUUAUGGAAAUACCCGAAAGUCCUGAAAGACCAAAAUCUCGAGAUUGUUCUUAUUAUUAUAAGCAAUUGGAAGAGGAAGAAGAUGAGAGGUAUUUAGAUUCAUUGAUGAUUCAGUCUCCUGAUUUCAAAUUAAUGGUGUCUCCUUGAGGCAUUUGGAGGAUGAUGAAGAAAUGCUUUUUGCUGAAUUCUUCUUUGUUGUUAAUACGUCUGGUCUAGAUUUGAAUGGUCAAUCAACUGAUUGUUGUUGUUGUUGUCCCCCAUUAUGUUUGUUUGAAUCUUAUGAAAACUUUGUUUGCUCUUAAUAGAUAGUUUUUAAAAGAAGGUGGAUGUUUUGACUUGUGAA